UUUUUUUUACUUUUUUCUUCCUGUAUUAAGACUCGUGAUGGCCAUCCUGUCACUAGCGUUACUUCUUGUAGGAUUCGUCCUGACUUCAGCAGACAAGGCCGGCGGAGUAGAUAAAGAGGAUCAGCUGAGGAGCCGGCUGAAGGAGUAUGGCCUGGUUACACCUUUCAGCACCGAUUCGCACGGACACUAUCUGUCGCACCUGCUGUCGGCCACCCAUAAGCAGCGCGUCAAGCGGGAGGCCCAGUCCGGGGAGUUUGAGCAAAGGCUUUUUUUCAACAUCUCCGCCUUCGGGAAGGAGUUCCACCUCCGUCUUCACCCGAACAACAGGCUGGUGGCGCCUGGCGCGAUGGUGGAGUGGCACGACGAGGUGGAGGGAUUCGGAGGCUUCGGUAACGAUUCUGACGCCGGCCAAGGCCAACCUGGCAACCAGACUGAGAGGAUACUGCGGCGUGAGCUGCUGAAGACGGACUGCACCUUCACCGGAGACAUCACCGACGUACCCGGAGCCUCGGUUGCCAUUAACAACUGCGACGGACUGGCCGGGAUGAUCCGCACCGACUCGGACGAGUACUUCAUCGAGCCGCUGGAGAAAGGCACUCAGGACCUGGAGGACCAGGGCCGGGUCCACGUGGUUUACCGCAGGUCGGCCCUGCUGCAGGCCCCCCCUGAGGUUUCGGUGGAUUACCAGCAACAAGAACCGGAGCUCGGAGUUCCCGGGGUGCUGGACUCGGUAAUCCAACAGGUCAAUGACACGGUCCACCGCCGCCGCCGCCGCCGGGACGCUGGAGAGAAUGACUACAACAUCGAAAUCCUGCUGGGGGUGGACGACUCGGUGGUUCGGUUCCACGGCAAGGAGCACGUGCAGAAUUACCUCCUGACGCUCAUGAACAUCGUGAAUGAGAUUUACCACGACGAGUCCCUGGGAGUCCACAUCAACGUGGUGCUGGUGCGGAUGAUCAUGCUGGGAUACGCCAAGUCCAUCAGCCUCAUUGAAAGAGGCAACCCGUCGCGCAGCCUGGAGAACGUGUGCCGCUGGGCCUUCGUGCAGCAGAAGGGCGACCCUGAGCACGCCGAGCAUCACGACCACGCCAUCUUCCUGACUCGCCAAGGCUUCGGCCCCACGGGCAUGCAGGGAUAUGCUCCCGUCACGGGGAUGUGCCACCCAGUCCGGAGCUGCACCCUCAACCACGAAGACGGCUUCUCCUCCGCCUUCGUAGUGGCUCACGAGACCGGACAUGUGCUGGGAAUGGAGCACGACGGUCAAGGAAACCGCUGCGGGGACGAGACGGCCAUGGGCAGCGUGAUGGCGCCGCUGGUGCAGGCGGCCUUCCAUCGAUACCACUGGUCCAUGUGCAGCGGGCAGGAGCUGAAGAGAUACAUCCACACCUACGACUGUCUCCUGGACGACCCCUUCAAGCACGACUGGCCGCAGCUGCCCGAGCUCCCCGGGAUCAACUACUCCAUGGACGAGCAGUGUCGCUUCGACUUCGGGGUCGGCUACAAGAUCUGCACGUCGUUUCGCACCUUCGACCCGUGCAAGCAGCUGUGGUGCAGCCACCCGGACAACCCCUACUUCUGCAAGACCAAGAAGGGCCCGCCUCUGGACGGGACCGAGUGCGCUCCGGGGAAGUGGUGCUACAAAGGUCACUGCAUGUGGAAAAACCCCAAUCAGGUCAAGCAGGACGGCGCCUGGAGCUCCUGGAGUAAAUACGGCUCCUGCUCGCGCUCCUGCGGGACCGGCGUUCGCUUCCGGACGCGUCAGUGCAACAACCCUGCACCGUCCAACGGUGGCCAGGAUUGCCCCGGAGUGAACUACGAGUACCAGCUGUGCAGCACGGACGACUGCCCCAAGCAUUUCGAGGACUUCCGGGCGCAGCAGUGCCAGCUGCGCAACUCCCACUUCGAGUUCCAGAACGCCAAACACCACUGGCUGCCGUACGAGCACCCCGACGCCAACAAGCGAUGCCACCUGUACUGCCAGUCCAAGGAGACGGGAGACGUGGCCUACAUGAAGCAGCUGGUGCACGACGGGACGCGCUGCUCCUACAAGGACGCCUACAGCAUCUGCGUGCGCGGCGAGUGUGUGAAAGUCGGCUGUGACAGAGAAAUCGGCUCCAACAAGCUGGAGGACAAAUGCGGGGUUUGUGGUGGAGACAAUUCCCACUGCCGCACGGUCAAAGGAACCUUCACACGGACGCCCAAGAAACCCGGUUUCCUUAAGAUGUUUCUCAUUCCUGACGGAGCUAGACAUGUGAUCAUCCAAGAGCAUGAGGCCUCCCCUCAAAUUCUUGCGAUCAAGAACCAGGCCACGGGGCACUACAUCCUCAACGGGAAGGGGGAGGAGGUCCGGUCCCGGAGCUUCAUCGACCUGGGCGUGGAGUGGCACUACAUCAUGGAGGACGAGGUGGAGACGCUGCACACGGACGGACCGCUGCACGACCCCGUGGUGGUCCUGAUUAUACCCAAGGACAAUGAGACGCGCUCCACUUUAAUGUACAAGUACAUCAUCCACGAAGACUCGGUGCCCGUCAACAACAACAACGUGAUCCAGGAGGACACGUACGAGUGGGCGCUGAAGAGCUGGUCGCCGUGCUCCAAGCCCUGCGCCGGAGGUUUUCAAUACACCAAGUACGGCUGUCGAAAGAAAGGAGACACCAAGAUGGUUCAUCGGGGCUACUGCGACUCCAACAGGAAGCCCAAACCCAUCCGCAGGAUGUGCAACCUGCAGGACUGCACCCAGCCCCAGUGGAUCUCAGACGAAUGGGAGCACUGCACAAAGACCUGCGGCAGCCUGGGCUUUCAGAUCCGGACCGUCCGCUGCAUGCAGUUCCUCCACGACGGCAACAACCGCUCCAUCCACAGCAAAUACUGCAGCGGCGAGAAGCCCGAGAGCCGGAGGCCCUGCAACAGGGUGGCGUGCCCCGCCCAGUGGAGGACAGGAGCCUGGUCAGAGUGUUCUGUGACGUGUGGAGAGGGGAUGGAGAGACGUCUGGUCACCUGUCGGAUUGGAGACCAGUGUAACGGAGAUAAACCUGAGAACGUGAGGACCUGCAGACCCGGACCCUGCCAUGAUGAGCCAUGUCACGGAGACAAAUCCAUCUUCUGCCAAAUGGAGGUCCUGGCGAGAUACUGCUCCAUCCCGGGCUACAACAAGCUCUGCUGCGACUCGUGCAGCAAACGCAGCGGCGCUCUGUCCAUGUUGGCCGAGGCCGCCGACAUGGAGGAGCACGUCCGAUUCGGGUCGGCCUCCCAGCUUCUGGAGACGCUGACGGCCUCAGUGGGAGCUAAUAUCACUCGCACCAUCAAGCAGGGAGCGGGCAGAGCGUCCGCCGCCGCUCCCAAACACGCCACCACCCCGGUUCCCCCGAAGAAGGCCCAAUCCAAGACCACAGCGGCACCGCGAAGGGUCCCGCGACACGCGGACCUCACCGCCGCGGCGCACUCGGCCCUGGCAGGUCCCAGUGAGACUGAGAGAUCAAGCGUCGCAGUGGAGAGUCGAGGACCGACGCUGUAUUCCAAAGUGGAGAGAUGAAAGCGGCGCCUCUCGGACUUCUAAUGUACAGUCGAUAAUUCAACUUCAUCCUGAGUCUUCUCACACCAGAAACACCCCAGAGGAAAACAGAGUUAGAGGAAAAGUGCUGGCUCACUUUGGUUUUUUAAACACCCCCACCCCCCCUUACUGAUUGUAUGGACUCUGCAUGUCACUUUACAACAAUGUCCCGGAUCUUUUAUCCUGAAACCACCAGGCUUCACUGAAAUGUACAGAUCAUCUUGUCUUUAAAGUAACGUGGCACAUGAUCUGACGGGAAGCUUCACCCACAUGACAUGAAAUAAACUAAGCAGAAUUUCAGGGGCACAAAACAGCCAAAGCAAAGUUCAGUGUUUACGGGAUGCCUCCGCUCACUGCAGUUAUUUGAUGCUCCCCACCCCCGGAAAAAGCAAAAAAGUAAAUAAAUAAAAAAUGUCACAACAGAGGUGACAGGAAGGUGCCUGCAGCCUCCCCCGGGCUUUGUCUGACCGCACCUCUCCUCCCUGUGGUAUUGUCAUUUAAUGAAUUUGACUCCUUUUGUUGGUGCAGCUCUGCAAUAGGACAGAUGGCAGAAAAGGGAAAAUGUGACCAGGUGCACUCAUUACUUGUGAAAUUUAUGCAGAAUCACACAGAGAGGAUUCAGAGAAAGAAGGAACUAAAUGUUGCAGAAAAUUGUCAACAUUUAAAAUAGUAAUUGGAGUUGAUCUUUAAAUUUGCCAAGCUCUCACUGUGUAACUGAACCUCAGUUUAAAGGUGCUUUACUUCCACUGCAGACUCUUGAUCAAUGGAUGAGAUCACAUCUUCAACGGGCCUGUAUCAUGCUUUCUUAGCUAGUCCAAGCCCUAGUAUAGCCAUUAACACGGUAAUAGUUUAUUUUUGGCGCUAAGGAAAAGUCACUUUGUGUGAAAUAAAAGAUUUUCUGGGGCAAAUUCUGAAACCCGGAAGAGAAGACCAAGACCAGCUCAUCCCUGGGCGAAAACAAGACCAAGACGUUAGGGCACCAAAACAUAGUCAAGACCAAGACCAGCAUAUCCCAAGACCAAAACUUUAAAGGGACCACGACAGGGUCAAGACCAAGACAAAACCAUGUCUUUACGACUGUAUCAAGAUCAAGACUUUAAGAGACCAAAACACAGUCAAAACUAAGAUCAGAGCAUCCCUGGGCCGAGACAAGACCAAGACUUUAAGGGACCAAGACAGGGUCAAGACCAAGAACAUUGUAACCCAAGACAAAAUCAAGUCUUUCGGGCUACGACUGUAUCAAGAUCAAGACCAAAACAUAGUCAAUACCAAGACCAGAGCAUUCCAAGAGCAAAACUUAAUGGGACUGAGACUUAGACACAGCAAAGAUCUUGAAAAUGUGUCAUUGAGACCAAGAUUGUUUCAAAAGGUUACAGCACAGCAAUCUGUGGUCUCCUGGAAGCUUACAGUGGCCUUGUGUACCACAGUUCACCUUGGGAUCAGUGUUGAGACUAGAAAUGAAUAACAAAUGAUGGAGGUUGAAGACCAAAUGUUGCCUCCUUCAGAUGGAGGUAUAAAGGAACUGAAGUUUGCUUCCGUGCAAAUCCAGAGCUCUUCCUGUCGCUGCUGAUUUUACCGGUGAAAAGACCGACCUCUGUCCGCUUCUGCUUUUUCUCUCUUCUCUUGUAGUGUGAAGAUUAAACUCACUCCCACCACCAUGUUGUACAAAACCGUAUUGCAAGAAGGUCUUGUUGAUUAGCUUGGUAGCAUUAGCAGGUAUCCUCAUCAAGCAGAAUACAGACCGAUCCCUCAGCUGCCUUGAUCAUUUUUAGAACUGACAAAGAUCCUAUUUUUGAGUGGAGCUGCCUUCAUCAUCCAGAGCUGCUUGGUUCUGGUCGGCUCUUCCCUCUGUUGUCAGACUAGACGAUAUAGUGACCUGCAACACCAAGGCUGCAAACUUAACAUUUCACAUAUUGUGCUUUCAAACUCACUUGGAGCAGUAGUUUUCUGGUAUUUUUCAAGUCAGAAGGUUAACAAAUAAUGGUAAAAACAACGUGUGACAAAGCUAAAAACUCCCUUUACUUGAAUGUUGCCUUAUUUCUUGCCAAUCUAUGGAUUAAGCUCUACAUUUACAGAUAGUUUUGUAUUUUUUACAUUUUCAAUUAUUACACAAACUCAAAACAGUAUUGUAGUAUAAAUGAAACUUGACCAGAGAUGUAACCAUUAGGAAAAUGGUUUUAGUUGAAUAGAUUUUUUUUUUUAAUGUUCACAAAUUGCUGUUUAAUGGCACACUGCAGUUCAUUUAUGAAGAUGGGUAUUUAUAAAGCUUCCUGUAAAUACUGUACAUGAAAAUAUCAGUAUUAUUGUGAGGACCAGAGGAGACCUUCCAGCACCCUUUUUAACCGAUGAACACAGCAGAGCUUGAUCAAGAUGUUUACAUUGAUUUAAAUUUAAAAAAAAGGUUGCAGCGUUAUGGAGGACAUAGCUCGCUCAGUAACUAAUAUUUUUGCUGGUAUUUCGUGAGAAACUCCACCGACCUGCAUCAAAAUUCAGUAUUAUGUAACAUCCUGUUACCAUCAUGUUAGGCCUUCAAAUAUUCCUCCCCCAGUCGAUGCUCUGCAAUAAGCCAUCCCUGCCGUCAGACAUUGAAACCACCUGUUAUUGCAGCUAAACAGAUUCACUCGGCGACCAGCUUAUGUCUGAAGUACCUGUUCUCCCAUUAGUGGAUGUGAAUGCACCAGAUGGACAAUUCAAGUUAGGAGUUACAGUUGGAUUAAAUCAACCAACUUGCUGCGUUGUCCUGACAUCGGCUCAGUUUGUUUUAGUUUAGACCUGUUGAAGUUGUUCGCUCCUCUAAGGGAAACAUCUUUGUCAAGUUGUCCAAGAACUUCCAUUUUUCUUUGUGAAACUAUAAAGUAACAAAGAUUUUUUUCCCUCAGCUUCAUUGUAUUCAAUCAACUGACGGCACAUGUUGCUAAAUUAUAUAAAUGUCCAUUAGAAAUACUAAAAUUCGACUGAGAUGUUUUGGGUGAACUAGUUUAAAUCGGCCUGCUGUUUUCCCGUGUAAAAAUGUCAAUCACGCUCCAGCUAAACUUGGCAACGUCACCUGUGGAGCAGAAAUGUAGGAAACCUGCUCAUCAUGCACCUGACCUGUGAACGCUCAUCAGCACCGUGCUGCCUGACUGAAGUCUGUUUGUUCCCAAUUAAAAAAGGACUAAAAUAAUGUGGUUCAGCAUGAGCCUUGGUGCCAAACCUGUCUGUGCCACGGGCAACAUGAGCAUGAGCUGCUAAUCCAUCAUUUUCACAGUCAUGAGGAUUAUAUCACUCUUUUAUCUCAGGAGUUUUCACCUAAAUCAGAAGUGAAAAAGUGUAACUCAGUCGUGCAGUUUUUCCUUCCUUCCCCAAAGCUCUGCUCUGGAGUCACAUUAGGUUUGGGCACAUUAAGCAGACUCAUUUCAUUCUGUCUUAAAACAAAAUUAAGCUCAUUAUAACAUCGCAUAUUCAACUGAAACGAGGUUCUGUCGUGUUUUUAUGCAGACAUGAGCAAACCUUCAUCGUUUGGAUCACAGUAGGAACCCUCCCAAUGAUUUUUAUUUCUCUGAAAAGCAUUUUUUUUUACCCCCAAAGUGUCUUGAAAAUUGCUUUGUUUUGUUUGUUUUAAAGGGUGGACGAAGGUUCAGCAGAACAGGAGCUAUUUAUUAUAAAGAAAAAGAAAAAAAUAUAUAUAUUAAAGGGCUUCUUCACAACCACAGUGCAUCUGACUGCAAUAGCAAAAGCACAGUUUUGUGUUUCAGCAAAAAAUCUCUUGACUUGCAACUAUUCACACUCACUCCUGUGUGCCAGUGUAUAAUAGAUGUAUAUAGCAUCACGUACGUAAGUAUUUAUUUAAAGUUAGAGGGUUCUGCUUUGUUUUUACAGGAUGUGCACCAUUAGCAACAGAAGAACAGAACAAGAACUAGAGAAGAACAACCAGUUUCAGAUUCAAGAUUCUAACAAGUUCAGUAGGUUAUAACAGUUUUUACACUGUGAGGUGUUUGCUAACCAGAAAGCUGUCUUUUUACAGCCGUUUCGUAGAUGAACCAUAGUAAGAGAACCAAACACACCAGUAAGCGUAGCACCAGUAAAACUUGUUUGGGUUUUUUUUUUAUGAAUUCUUUUUGCAGAUGUCAGUAUUUUCUUCUCCCCAGUUCUGUCCAAGCCCUUUACUUUUCGCCUCUAAGACACUGCUGCUAACGCCAUAGCGAGCUCGUAAUGCCGAGUAGGAUAGCCGUAGAUGCUACGUUGACAAUCCCUGAGCCUCAGACAGAUGUUACCGCGGAGGGUUCUCCUCGUACUGUGCCAACACCGCUGUGCUAUUGAAGGAUUCUGAUUGUCAGUCACUCUCCGCUCUGUUUGCCUUUCUAUGUAUUUGUGUAGGUCAAAGUGUACACUACUGAUGCUGUUUGUUGUAAAUGGGGAGCACAUAGCAAU